UAUAAUUUUACAUUGACGCUUUAAACAUGCCUGAUGGAUUUUUCUUAGAAAUAUUUCUUGUUGUACCUUUAGAUUGCACUGGUUACGUAAGAAAAAAUAAUCAUUAGACCAAUAUUGCAUUUUACACAGUGACUGUGAAUUUCACAAGAAGCAGGAUUUUUGAUAAUUUUAUCAUAAAGAAUCUAAUUUUGUUGUUGAUCGGAGGAAUUUUAAAAAGAUGAAAUCUGUUUUUGAAAAUUUGAUAAUCUUUCAAAUCAAAAUGCUAACUGUGCAACUUACUGCCUCCUGUGACUCCUAUUAUUCAGCCAUCCCUGAAGUAGAAAACAAGAUUGGAACUUCGUAUUUAGUACAAAAGGCCAAGGCAUCUUCACUCUCAUUUUGUGGAUCUUUGUGUAUCAACAACUGUAAUUGUUUUGGAUAUAAUCGCCUUCAGAAACAGUGUCGCUUACAUGUAAUUUGUGAUGUUGGUAACAUGUCUGACACUGGCGCGGGAUGGCGGUACUAUCGUGUAUCUCGUAAAGCUGAAGACUGUUUGGCGCUGUAUCAAGCCGGACAUACAUGUUCCGGUGUAUACACCCUCCAUCCAGCAGGGGGCGCUAAUACUGAUGUCGUCUGCGAUAUGGAAACGAUGGGAGGAGGCUGGACAGUGAUUCAGAAUCGAUUUGAUGGUUCCGAAAAUUUUAAUAGAAACUGGGCCGAUUACAAAAACGGGUUUGGGUUGGCUGUCGGUGAAUAUUGGAUUGGUAAUGAUGCAAUUCAUAAUCUUACACAAGCUAACAAUUCGUUGUACAUUUCAAUCACCCUUACAAACGGUACAACAUUGUAUGAAUUGUACGAACUAUUCAGGAUUUCAAAUGAACAGGACAAUUAUAGAUUAUCCAUAGGAGGAACUGCAGCUGGCACUCUUGGAAACCGGAUGACCCCAAAUUCUGCAACCGACAAUCUAAAUGGUAGGGAGUUUUCAACAUCAGAAGGAUCUAACUCUUGCGCACAAAAUCACAAAGGAGGCUGGUGGUACAACGGUUGUUAUGACGCCUAUCUGAACGGUCUGUUCGGCUCCUCUGAUUGGGUACAACCUUGGUACCCUUUACUAACAACAGGGAAAAGCAUUCAGAAGACGGCUAUGAUGAUUAGGCGAGGAUAGCGGGAAAAUAUUCACAGAGAAAUC